CUCUCCAAACGCCCAUCAAACUUUCACCACAGCCUAAGUAUACAGUCGUUUAGAAGAGGCCUGUUGGAGACAACGUGGACACGCUGGAUUCUGGACAUAUAGGUGGACAGCGAUGGAGACACUUCUGAUGAUGACUUUUGGUACAGUUUGACCCCCUCCUGUGAAUUCCAACUGAAAACAUCUCGUUCAGUUUUUCUCAUCCUUUUAACGACAAGACGAGGGAUGGAGCAAGCACCCAGCGCGCCGAGCCCUCCUCCAAAACCGACCCACCACGAGCCCAUCAGCUUCGGCAUCGACCAGAUUCUGGGUGCUGGUUCAGAGCCAGAGAACGGGCGUACGCCUGGAAGACAAAGUGGAUCAGAUUUAAGCGGCGGGGACGCAUAUUACAGCUUAGGAAGCCCGACUGGGACCAACGCGCCCUCGUACACCGCGCUGUCUAUCUCGCUCUCCGGUAUAAUGCCUCCGGUGGAGGCUUCAGGUUCGUACGGAGAGAGCAGAGGUAUGGGAAGCCGGGGAGUGAUACGAGUCCCGGCUCAUAGACCUGUGACAGCCCCGGGACCCCCGACCCCCGUCCAGAGCGCUGUUCCUGGGUUUGGAGGGCUGUGCUUCCCCUGGAUAGGAAACAGGUUCGCCAAGGACAGAAUAUCAGCAGCUGCUUUGGUGCCGUUUGCCGUAACGCGGCGGAUAGGACACCCGUACCAGAACCGGACUCCUCCCAAAAGGAAAAAGCCCCGGACCUCCUUUUCCAGAGUUCAGAUCUGCGAGCUGGAGAAACGCUUCCACCGUCAGAAGUACCUGGCCAGCGCUGAGCGGGCAGCCCUGGCGAAGAGCCUAAAGAUGACAGACGCACAGGUCAAAACCUGGUUUCAGAACCGCAGGACCAAAUGGAGGAGACAGACAGCCGAGGAGAGGGAGGCGGAGCGUCAGCAGGCCAAUCGCCUCAUCCUGCAGCUGCAGCAGUCUGCCCUCCAGAAGUCUCUCGGCGAAUCAGCGGCGUCGGAUCCUCUGUGCGCCCAUAACUCCUCCCUGUACGCGCUGCAGAACCUCCAACCGUGGGCCGAGGAAAGGGAAUAAGGACGACGACGAACUUAUUGAGGAACAUGGGACUUACUUUGAAGGGAAACAAAUGUGACUGGAUGAACUUAAGUUUGAUCACACCCAUUUAAGCGGGUGAUUUUGGAACUGGUCAUGACUGGUGAGUGAUGCGGGUCUAAGGGGAAAGACUUUGAUGGACUAACUUGGAAGCUCCGAAACUGCAAUUUAAAGAAAAAAAAAGUCAGACGAAAGAGACUUGACAUUAAAAAAAUCUUGUAAACAUGUAAUUGUCCUCUCAUGCCUGUUCUUAUUCUGUUUGUUAGAAUAAGAUGGGGAAGAUAUGUACCUUAUACAGUCGAUCUGGGGGUGUAAUUAAUUCUGCAAAGUAAAACACAAGAUUUGUGUGUUCUGAAGGUUGUUUUUUUUUUUCUCUCUUUCUCUAUUUGCAACCAUUUUCUCACUCUGAAAUUGGCUGUGUAACACUCAGCUGCAGGCAUCAUUUUAAAAUGAAAGCAAAGCCUAUAUCCACGCUGCAGAGAACAUGCAUCAAAAUGUGUUUAUGA